AAUGUCAAUGAAAACAUCGAGGGGCUGAACUUGCCAUUGGAAGUGGUAGAUGUGUACACAGACAAAAUAAAACUCACACUCCCGUGGCUUCCGAUAUGGAAAACGGAUACUCUAAUUGAGGCGACUGGGGCAAAAAUAAUCGUACAUCCGAAAUACCGACCUGAAACUGGUACAUCAAUGUUUGAAUCAAUAUGGAGUGCCAUGACAACUUCGGUAGAAGAAUUAGCCAAUGGAGUAUACAGCAACAGUAACCCAGAAGCAACUGGUCCUGGUCAUCCAACGAACAUGUCUAGUCCAAGUUGCGAUCAGGCCAACGAAGGCGUAAACAAUAUUGCCAACGCACUAGAUUUCGUGAAACGUCGAAUGAUAGUGAAACUUGUUGACACAUCGGUUCGCUUUGAGUAUAUACCAAUUGGUAGUUCCACAGGAGUUGGAAUUGAAGUAACUAUCGGCUUGUGA